AUGUCCUACGUACUCUGGAGUUUAGAUGUGAGGCAACAUUUAAAGGUUUUCCGUGAAGCCGUGGAUCAAUUUUUCAGAAAUGUCAGAGAAGAUAAAGGUCAGUCCUCUGAGGAGUCCUACAGGGACAGUGCCUACUGGGGCCCUCCCAUUUGCCCAAUUAGGUGCAGUGCCCGCAGGGGUCCUCCUAGCCGUAUCGGCGCCCCCAGGAGCGGCAGAGUCCACAGGGGCCCUCUCAGUAGCGUCGGCAACCCAAGAAGCUGCCACGAACCCAGGCGCCAUCCCAGGGUCGGCGCCGACCUCAGAGGCCCUCUCAGGGGCGUAUGCGACCCCAGGGGCACUCCCAGUGGCCCUUUUAGGGGCGUAGGCACACACAGGGGCUCUCCUAGGGUCUCCAGCGACCCCAGAGGCCCUCUCAGGGUUGGCCGUGAUCCCAGCAACCAUAUAAGAGGCGGCGGCGAUCCAGGGGCCAUCCCAGGGGCACCGGCGACUUCAAGGGCCCUUUCAGCGGCAGUGGUGACCCCAGGGAUUUACCCAGGGACGGCAGUUCCCCCAGGGGCCCCUCUCAGGAGUUGUGGCGCAUUGAGGAACCCUCCUAACGUCAACGGCGCCCCCAGGGAUUCUCCCAUAAGAAACGGCGCUUCGAGGGACCCGCUCAGGGAUUCUCUCAAGAGCAGUCGCGUCCCCAGGGGCCUACCAGAGGCGCCCUCUACCAGGAGCCCUGCAGCUUGUUUGGUCGAGAAAGAUAAGUCUGCUUCUCCUCCUCCUCCUCCCCCAUCAUCAUUAUCUCCCGACGACUAUCUGGGUCAUGAAUGCAUUCGAAAUCUCUAA